AAACCCACUGACUGAGUAGUAUUAACGGCGGUGAGGCAGGGGUGGGUUUUUAAUGUGGUGACGUGUCGUGUGGUGUCGACCACCAAAGCCUGUGAUAUAAAUAACGACGCCAUUCCGAGAUUUUGAUUUUUCAGUCAAAAUCAAAAUAAUACGGACGCUGCACACCUCUUUCUUAGGGCGGGAACCUGAAAUUCUUUUUUUUUUCACUAACAACUCAACAAGUACACUGCACCAAAACCCAAAAACCGAAGAAACCUCCUCCUCCUCUUCUUCUUUUUCUUCAUGCUCGUAUUCUCUCUCGCUUUCCUAGGGUUUCGCUUUUGGUUUCAAUUUCAAUUUGCAGUGCUGACUAAGCAACAAUGAGUCUUCGUAAGGGCGCUAAGGUUUGGGUCCAGGACAGGGUUGAUGCUUGGAUACCUGCCGAAGUUGUUGACUCCGGAGGCGGCGGCGGUGGCGGCGGAGUCAACAAUAGUCGUAUUCAGCUCGUGACCGACUCCGGCAAGAAGGUUUUUUCUACCCCUGAUAAGCUGUUCCCGCGGGAUGCGGAUGAAGAAGAGCAUGGUGGAGUUGAAGACAUGACUAAGCUGGCUUACUUGAAUGAGCCAGGAGUGUUGUACAAUCUUCGGAGGAGAUAUGCGCUCAAUGAUAUCUAUACUUAUACAGGAAGCAUUUUAAUAGCUGUUAAUCCCUUCACAAAGCUUCCUCAUUUGUAUGAAAUCCAUAUGAUGGAGCAGUAUAAGGGAGCUCCAUUCGGUGAGCUUAGCCCACAUGUUUUCGCUGUUGCAGAUUCUUCUUAUAGAGCAAUGAUGAGUGAAGGUAAAAGUCAAUCUAUCUUGGUAAGCGGUGAAAGUGGUGCUGGCAAAACUGAGACAACAAAAUUAAUCAUGCAGUAUCUUACCUUUGUUGGUGGACGUGCUGCUGGUGACGAUAGAACAGUUGAACAACAAGUUCUGGAAUCAAAUCCACUUUUAGAGGCAUUUGGUAAUGCAAGGACAGUCAGAAAUGACAAUUCAAGUCGUUUUGGGAAGUUUGUUGAAAUUCAGUUUGAUUCAAGUGGUAGAAUAUCUGGUGCUGCAAUUAGAACAUACUUAUUGGAAAGAUCACGAGUAGUGCAGAUAACGAAUCCAGAAAGAAAUUAUCACUGUUUUUAUCAGUUGUGUGCAUCUGAAAUGGAUGCAGAAAAGUAUAAGUUAGGACAUCCAAGCCACUUCCACUAUUUAAACCAAAGUAAAAUCUAUGAACUUGAUGGUGUAAGCAAUGCUGAAGAAUAUGUGAAGACGAGGAGGUCAAUGGAUAUUGUUGGCAUAAGUCAUGAGGACCAGGAAGCCAUAUUUCGUGUCUUAGCUGCAAUUUUACAUUUGGGGAAUAUUGAAUUUUCUCCUGGAAAAGAGCAUGACUCGUCAGUAGUAAAGGAUGAGAAAUCAAGAUUUCAUAUGCGGAUGGCUGCUGAACUCUUCAUAUGUGAUGUAGAGCUACUACUAGCAACAUUGUGUACUCGGUCAAUACAAACUCGAGAGGGAAAUAUAAUUAAAGCUCUUGAUUGUAAUGCUGCUGUUGCUGGACGGGAUGCUUUGGCAAAAACGGUUUAUGCUCGUUUGUUUGAUUGGCUUGUUGAUAAGAUCAAUAGGUCUGUUGGUCAGGAUACAAAUUCUCAGAUUCAAAUUGGAGUUCUCGAUAUCUAUGGCUUUGAGUGCUUCAAGGAUAAUAGUUUUGAGCAAUUCUGCAUCAAUUUUGCAAAUGAAAAGCUUCAGCAACAUUUUAAUGAGCAUGUAUUCAAGAUGGAGCAGGAAGAGUAUGGUAGAGAAGAAAUAAACUGGAGUUACAUUGAAUUUGUGGACAACCAAGAUGUGUUGGAUCUAAUUGAAAAGAAACCCAUUGGUAUCAUUGCUCUCUUGGAUGAAGCCUGCAUGUUCCCAAAAUCUACGUAUGAAACAUUCUCAACCAAGUUGUUUAACCAUUUCCAGUCUCACCCGAGAUUGGAAAAGGAGAAGUUUUCACAAACUGAUUUCAGUAUUUCUCAUUAUGCUGGAAAGGUUACAUAUCACACAGAUUCCUUCUUAGACAAAAAUUGUGAUUAUGUUGUAGUAGAACACUGUAAUCUAUUAUCUUCUUCGAAAUGCCCCUUUGUGUCUGGUCUUUUUCCUUUGCUACCAGAGGAAUCUUCAAGAUCAUCUUACAAGUUUUCAUCUGUGGCAUCCAGAUUUAAGCAACAACUCCAAGCUCUUAUGGAGACCCUUAAAUCAACAGAGCCUCAUUACAUACGAUGCGUGAAGCCAAAUUCUUUGAACCGACCACAAAAGUUUGAGAAUUCCAGUGUCAUACACCAAUUGCGAUGUGGGGGUGUCCUUGAGGCUGUUCGUAUAAGCCUAGCUGGUUACCCCACCCGAAGGACUUAUUCAGAGUUUGUGGAUCGCUUUGGCUUAAUAGGCCCUGAAUUAAUGGACGGGAGUUAUGAUGAUAAAGUUGCAACUGAGAGAAUUCUGAAGAAGCUCAAGCUUGAUAACUUUCAGUUGGGUAGGACCAAAGUAUUUCUCAGGGCUGGUCAAAUCGGUAUUUUAGACUCCAGACGAGCUGAGGUUCUGGACAAUGCUGCAAAAUGUAUUCAGCGGCGACUGAGGACAUUUAUUUUACACAGGGAUUUCAUCUCACUCAGAUCUGCUGCAAUUUCUAUUCAGUCAUGCUGCAGGGGGUGCAUUGCACGAAAGAUUUACGUUGCUAAAAGGGAGACCGCUGCAGCUAUCUCUAUUCAGAAAUACAUCCGUAUGUGUCUAAAGAGGUGUGCUUACUUAGAACUAUAUUCAUCUACUGUCAUCAUUCAGUCACAUGUCCGUGGUUUUACAACUCGCAAAAGAUUCUUGCAUGGAAAGGAGCAUAGAGCUGCUACUGUUAUUCAGGCAUAUUGGAGGAUGGCCAAGGUUAGGUCAACUUUCCGACAACGUCAAGCUUCAAUUGUGGCAAUACAAUGCCUUUGGCGGCGUAAACAAGCUAAAAGAGAGCUUCGGAGACUUAAGCAAGAGGCUAAUGAGGCUGGUGCUCUCCGUUUAGCUAAGAGUAAACUUGAGAAGCAAUUGGACGAGCUUACAUGGCGUUUGCAUCUUGAAAAGAAAAUAAGGGGUUCCAAUGAAGAGUCUAAGCAAAUGGAGAUUUCCAAACUUCAAAAGAUGUUAGAAGCCUUGAAUCUUGAAUUAGAUGCAGCUAAAUUGGCAACAAUUAACGAGUGCAAUAAGAAUGCUGUUCUGCAAAAUCAGUUGGAAUUGUCAAUGAAGGAAAAAUCUGCUUUAGAGAAAGAGUUGGUUGUAAUGGAGGAAGUACGGAAGGAAAAUGCUCUCCUAAAGGAUUCUUUGAGUGCCUUCGAAAAGAAGUGCACAAAUUUGGAGCUUGAACUCAUGGAUGCUCAAAAAGGCCGUAUAGAAAUGGUUGAGAAACUGAGAGAAUUUGAACAGAAGUGUUCUCAACUGGAGCAAAGUGUUAAGAGCCUUGAGGGGAAGGUAUUGAAUUUAGAGGAAGAAAAUCAUGUGCUUCGGCAGAAAGCCUUAAGUGCUGCUCCUAAGAGUAACCGUUCAGGUCUUGCAAAGUCAUUGUCAGAGAAAUAUUCAAGCGUAAUUGCUUCCCGAACUGAGAGAAAGCCCCUAUUUGAGACACCCACACCCACAAAACUUGCUCCCUUUACAUCAGGCUUGACAGACCCUCGUCGUCCUAAGUUAACAGCAGAGAGGCACCAGGAUAACUAUGAAUUUCUUUCUAGGUGUAUCAAAGAAAAUUUGGGAUUUAAAAACGGUAAACCUCUGGCAGCUCGUAUCAUAUACAAAUGUCUUCUUCAAUGGCGUGCCUUCGAAUCUGAGCGCACAGCUAUUUUUGAUUACAUAAUUGAAGGCAUAAACGAUGUUCUAAAGGUUAAGGAUGAUGCCUCUCUAUUGCCAUAUUGGCUUUCAAAUACAUCUGCCCUGCUGUGCCUUUUACAGAGGAACAUACGUUCAAAUGGCUUUUUAACUCCCACUGCUCAUCGUCAUACGGGAUCUUCUGGUUUCAGCAGCCGAUUAGGCCAUGGACCAAAAUCUCCAAUGAAGCUUAUUGGAUAUGAUGAUGGUUUUUCACAUGUGGAGGCAAGAUAUCCAGCUAUACUUUUUAAGCAACAGCUCACUGCUUGUGUAGAGAAAAUUUUUGGUCUUAUACGAGACAAUUUAAAAAAGGAACUCUCCCCUCUUCUGGGGCAAUGUAUUCAGGCACCCAAAGCAGGACGAUCCCAUGGUGGAAAAUCAACCAGAUCUCCUGGUGCACCUCCUCAACAAUCAUCUGGUGGUCAAUGGGACAAUAUUGUCAAAUUUUUGGACACACUCAUGAGCCAACUUUGUGGAAACCAUGUGCCUUCCUUCUUCAUCCGCAAGCUAGUUACCCAGGUCUUUUCUUUCAUCAAUAUAACCCUUUUUAACAGUCUUCUCUUGCGGCGUGAAUGUUGCACAUUCUCAAAUGGUGAGUAUGUGAAGUCUGGUCUAGCAGAAUUGGAGAAGUGGAUAGGCAAUGCAACAGAGGAGUAUGCAGGAACAUCUUGGCAUGAGCUUAAUUAUAUAAGACAAGCUGUUGGGUUCUUGGUAAUACAUCAGAAGAGGAAGAAAUCUUUGGAAGAGAUUUGCCAAGAUCUUUGCCCGGCACUGACGGUGAGGCAGAUCUAUCGAAUCAGUACUAUGUACUGGGACGACAAGUAUGGAACCCAGAGCGUAUCCAAUGAGGUAGUCAGUGAAAUGAGGGAAAUUGUUAGUAAGGACAAUCAGAACUUGACCUCAAAUUCUUUUCUGUUGGAUGACGAUCUGAGUAUCCCUUUCUCGGCUGAAGACAUAGAUAUGGCAAUCCCUGCUAUAGAUCCGGAUGAUAUUGAGCUUCCACCAUUCUUGUCUGAACAUCCCUGUGCCGAAUUUCUUACUUCGCUUCAGAAGUCUACUACAGUUUCAUGAUCGUUGCUGAAGCUCAAUUUAACCUCAGUAUCUCAUCUCUUGAAUUAAAUGUCAAGCAUAUCCACAGUGGAGACACAAGUUUCUCUUCACAUGUGCAUCCAUGGUUAUCAUCAUAUAUAUUUGUGCAAGUGCAUGACAUUGUAAUCAGAAGUCAGAGAGUCAUUUACUUUGUUUAUUCUGAGUAGUUCUAGUUACUUGUAAGUAAUUAUUCAGGGAUAGAUGACGCUUAAUGGAUGGUAUCCUGCUGCUAUUAAUACUGCAGCUCUUCUUCUGGUGUAUAUUUGUCAUUGGUUUUUAUGUUGUAUUCUCUGUAGUAUAAUUGCUUCAGAAAGCCAUGGCAAAAAAAAAGGGUAAUGUAAUUUCAUUCAUUGAUGUAAA